UGUUAAAGAUAUUAAUUUUGUUUAAUUAAAGGGUGUAAUUAAAAUGUCCGACGAAUCGGAAUAUGACGUGGAACCAGAAGAGUUUGACAUUUAUAAACGAAAGUACCAAUUGUUACUCGAUAGAUGUGAAGUUUUACAACAGGAAAAUGAAAGAUUAGUGUAUCGAAUUCAACGAGUAAGAAAACUUCUAAAACGUACAAGGAAGGAAAAAAAAUUUUUAAUUGAUCGUUUGGAUCAACAUGGUGAUCGUUGGCGGGAGGCACCCAUGGGAGUUCUUGAAGAAAAUAGUACGUUUCAAGUAACAUCUAAACCAGAGAAAACACCAAAAGCUACUGGACAUAAUUCUAAAGAGGAGAAAACAAAGAAAGUAACAAAAAGAAAGGGUACAAAAGCUGAUCCUAAUGCACCAAAACGACCAGCAAAUCCAUUUUUUCAAUUUUGUCAAGAACAAAGACCUCGUGUUAUGGAACGCUUGGCUGGAGAACCAGAACCAAGCAAGCAAGAGCUCACCAGACAACUCGCAACUACUUGGAAAUCUCUUAGUUCAGAAGACAAAAAAGUAUAUUAUGAUAUGUACGAACGAUCCAAAGAAAAGUAUGUUGCUGAAAUGCAAAUUUAUAAUAAAAAAUCGGAAGACACACCGAACCAAAUGUCUUUAAAUAUAACAUAGUAUUAAUAUAUAAAAUAAAUAUUUGUAAAUACGUAAUUUAUAAUCACAUAUUUGCACAUAUGUUAAUAUUUGUGUAUAAUAAAUGAAAA